AUGGAUGGCAUUCCCAUUGGUAGGAAAGUAGAUCUGAAUGCACAGGACAAAUACAACAGUCUGCCCCUGACAGUGGAGGAUAUGUUUCAACAUAAGAGUUUUUAUUUUAAAAAUACAGUGAAAGACAAGCACUCAAAUUCAACCCAUUGGCGGCUUCUAGAUUCUGCAUCUGAUUACUUAUUGACCUACGUGGACAAGGAUGGAGAUUGGAUGCUGUUGGGCGAUGCUCCAUGGGAAAACUUUGUCGAGUCUGUGAAACGUCUAAGGAUCUCACAUUCUACCAUUAAUGGAUCUUCAUCUGAGUUGGUUGGAGCCAAAGAUUAUAAGAAGAUGAAUUAUAGAACCAGACAAUUUAUAGAUUUUGUAAUUCCCAAAGGCUCUAAAACUUAA